CGCCGGUGGUGGGUGAGCACCUCGGAGCCGCGCGGCGAGGCGGCCUUCCUGGAGCCCGCACGGGCGGAGAAGGGCUGGGGACCGCGCCAUGACCCCGAGAGCGACGCCCUCUUCCUGAGACCCGGUGUCGCCCACUGCGGAGCGGGCGAGAGUCCGGGCCUCCCGGAGGCAGCUCCCUAGCGCGUGGGCACGUUGUGUACGGAGGCUUGAGGGUUCCGCGGUCGGCGGAGGCGUCUGCGGGGUGGCGGGUGCGGACAUCGGCCGAGUCCCCGAAGCUCCGCGCCGGUCCGGGUCAGCGCCCGCCGCGGCCCCCGCCCCCCCCCCCGCCCCCGCAGGUCCGAUGGCUGCGGAGGCGCAGGGCACAGUGACCUUUGAGGAUGUGGCUGUGUGUUUCUCCCUGGAGGAGUGGGGGCUCCUUAAUUUGACCCAGAGGAACCUGUACCGUGAUGUGAUGCUGGAGAAUUUUGCGCUCAUUGGCUCGCUGGGAUUUGCACCUUCAAGGUCCUGUGUGGUUGCCCAGCUGGAGGAUGAGGAAGAGCCCUGGGUGCCCAACAUGGUGGACGUGACUCUGGUCAGCAGAGCAGAGGCCAGGAGGGGUCCUGGUCCUGGUUGUCCGUGUACACUGGAGGAUGAGGAAGCCCCUCCUGAGCAGGUGGAGAGCUACAGAGUCCGCCUGUCUGAGAAGCCCUUUCUGUGUGGGGUGUCUAGGAAGGCUGUCCCGGCCACCUUAGGCCUCCUCCUACACCAGGCCACCCACAGCAAGGGGAAGCCACGCGGGAGCACCGAGCACAAGGAGGCCUUCCCGCCCAGCUCCAAUCACCAGCCGCAGCAGGGUGUCCACACUGCACAGAAGCCCUUCAAGUGCAGCGACUGUGGGCAGGCCUUCCUGAAGGCCUUCAUGCUCCUCGACCACUUAACUCACUCUGAAGAGAGACCCUUUAGAUGCCCAAAAGGUGGAAAUGUCCCCAAGGAGAAAUCAACCCUUGUGAAUCACCAAAAAAUUCACACCGGAGAAUCAUCCCAUGUGUGUAAUGCGUGCGGAAAGGCCUUCAGUUACCCAUCUAAGCUGAAGAAGCAUCAGAAGGUUCACACGGGCAUAAAACCUUUCAAGUGUGGUGAGUGUGGGAAAACCUUCAACCGCAAAGACGCACUUGUUCUGCACCGGAGAAUCCACACUGGAGAAAGGCCUUAUGAGUGCAGUGAAUGUGGCAAAGCCUUCAGCGUUCUGUCCACCCUCAUUCGGCACCGGAAAGUUCACGUUGGAGAAAGGCCCUAUGAGUGCAGGCAAUGUGGGAAGUUCUUUAAAUACCACCAUAGCUUUAUCCUUCACCAGAGAGUUCACACCGGAGAACGGCCCUAUGAGUGCAAGCAGUGUGGGAAAACGUAUGUGACCCGCUCUGGCCUCUAUCAGCACUGGAAAGUGCACACCGGAGAACGGCCCUACGAGUGCAGCCUGUGUGGGAAAGCCUUCACGACUAGGUCCUACCGCAAUCGGCACCAGCAGUUCCACACGGAAGAGAGGUCCUAUGAAUGUACAGAAUGUGGGAAGGCCUUCAAGCACAGUUCCACUCUCCUUCAGCACAAGAAGGUCCACACUGGAGAAAGGCCAUAGGAGGACAGGGACGUGGGAGAGCCUUUAACCAGGGCUGACCCCUUGUUCAACGUGAAAGGUCUCACUCCAGAAAGGAGAUUAGGAGAAUGGGGUGGUGCCAGGUACGUGGGAAGCUUUUGGGAGCUGCGUUGCACUCUGACCUGCCCAGGCUAUUGGCACUGUUAAGUCAUUGCCAGUUUCUGUGACAGAGCCAUCCCACUUCUACCACUGGUAGGUGCCGGUGGUGUGUAUCAGUCCCUGCAGCAUGCUCAGUGACUGCAGACCUCUGUGCUCCCCACUCUGUAUGGGAGAGCAUCAUGAGUGAUAGGGCGCAUAAUGGGCCUUAUUCCCUCCUCCAACUGGUUGAGGUGUGGAUGUGACCGAAUUCUGGCCAAGAGUGGCUGAGCAGUGUCUACUGGGGGCUCCCAGGGAAGAGUAACCAUUGUCAUGGCUGUUGAUACUGCAUGUGGUACCUGUCAUGGGUUUAUCCAGCCCCAGCACUGGCUCCCUGCUCUGGAAUGUGUGGUAAUAAAGGCCUCACUGUUUAAGCAUGAAGCCUUUAUUUAUUAUCGGGGGUUCCGAUCCCUGUUUGUGGAGGGAUUGAGAGUAGAAUUGGGCUCAUAAACGGAGGGGAUGGCAUCUGUGGGGUUCCUGACUGCUGUCUGCCUCAGUGGGGACAGCGGGACGGCAGAGAGCAGCUCUGGUCAAGAUUGCCUAAUGUGCGCUGGUGUCUGAGGCCCCGGGCAAAGACUGAAGGACUCUGUGGGUGACUCUUGUAGCCUGGAGCUCACGUUUAUUUGUGGCUCCAGAGCUCGUGGAGAAUGGGGUCAUUGGCAUAAGAUCCCCCGUGUGUGUAAGGACAGCAGAGCUAGGUCCCUUGUUCCCAGAGAAUGUUCCAUAACCUGCAGCAUUGGUCAGAAGAAGCUGUUUCCACAAUCAGCUCGGAAGCCAUGUUCUCUGAAAUCUAGAGUGUGGAGGUAAGUUCUAGACUGACCCUAAGACCUGCAGGGCCUGUUGGAAAGAGUAAGUGGGCACAGAAACACUGAGUGGAGUGAUGGGCGGGGGGCGGUGGGCGUCUGGUAAACUGGAGGGUGUGAGCUGCAUCUGUAGAGGCCUCCACAAGUGUUCCUGCGCCCGUGGUUCCACGGGGCGAGGACUGCAGGGUUCCCUGUGGCCGAGGUCACUGUCAGCAGAUAACCUACAGGUUUUCUGGAGUCUCAUCACCUUCCUGGGCAUGGCCGUCACCCUGGGACUGGGGAGAAAGGUCCCUUAGUCCUGGGAUGUGGCUUUAGUGACCCAGCCAGCAUGCCUGGUGCGUCUGCACACGGUGGCCUUUGUGGUUUCUGUUGCCGCUGUCCCAGGGCUCGAAGGAGAGAAGUUGAAUCAACAUAUGGAUCCAUAUCUGGUUUGUGGGGCCUUUUGAUUUAAAAAAUUUGGAAACUAUUUUCCCAAAAGGUAAUAAAAUGUUAGUUCAGCAAAACUUGUAUGUUGGUUGUAGCUGUGUCGCUGGUCCAGAAAUUGUGCUUCCUGCAAGAAGAGACUGUUAGCGGGGAGGCCUGUUUCAGGAGAGCACCAGUGACCCUGGACUUGAGGGGCUUUGGGCCGCAGGGCUCAGCCAGUACCCCGUGUGGGGUUGGAGCCCACUGCUGCCUUCUCUAACUGGGGCGAUUCUUCUCACCCCCCCCCCCCCGAUGGUGGGGUGAUGACCACACGGCUGGAGCCCCAGGCAGGCUUGCAGUCAGGGCAGUUUUCAGCCAGUCUGCUCAGUUUCUCCCCAACACUGUAGGUAUACAGCCCCCUACUGGGCCUGCUCAGGCCCUCCUCCCUGGGUGUGAUAAUUAUCUGCCUCCAGCAUGGGGGUCCGUGUCCAGCUGAGCCAGGCAGGGCUCAGAUCUCCAACCAAAUAGGGGUAGGGUGACAUUGGUCGUUAGAGCUCGAUCCUUGUGCCCUGUGUGGGUGGUCUUGGUUAGAGCUCAGAAGAUGGCGCCCAGCAUGAGGUGAAGGAUCCUGCACUUGCCCUGCACUGGCCUGCUGGUCUCCCACCAGGGCUCCGCAUGCAGCAGCCAGCCUUUUGAGGGGGGUGUGGGGGUGACGUUUCCCUAGUGACGCUGGGACAUCGGGAACAAAGCCCGGUGGCUCUGACUCUGACCUGCCCCGGGUACCGUUCUGGGUGGGGCUCGCUCACCCGCUCACUUUAGCCCAAACCUUGCCUGGCAGCAACGCCAGCAGCCCCUAUUGCAGACUCCACCCCGGCAGUGGCAGCUCCCCUCUGGAAUCCCCUGAGGUUCCCAGCCCCUGGGCAUAUUCUGGUGCCUCAGCCUAUCAGGGAUGCCUCCCCAUCCUCGCUGCCUCUCCCAGUAACACCCCUUCAACAGUGAAGCCAAGAUGUUUCCUCUUCAUGAGUCCCCUCAUCCCUUCCUCUUUCUCUGUCCUCCAUGCCUUGAUGGCAGGCCGACUCCAACCCUCUGCCACCCUAAGUUUGUCCUCGUGGCUACAUCUGCAUGUCAGCAAUCAAGGGAUACAUUUGUGUUCAUUAAAGGCUUAGCAACAUGCAAGCAAGGGCUCAAGUCUUCACUGAUCUUGGGAACUUGUGCCAGACAGCAUGAUUCUAGCUGUGUGUGUGUGGGUG